UAUGAGAGCAGCGCUAGCUCCAGUGGCACAUUUUCACGUCGGAGUACUGCCAAUGAGAGCAGCGCUAGCUCCAGUGGCACAUUUUCACGUCGGAGUACUGCCACAGAUCGAUACGAUUCUGUUCGUCAACGGUCGUCAAAUCGUAUUGUUCUCAGGAUGGAAGCGGAAGAUGAGAGGGUCAUACGUGAAAAGGAGGAGAAGAUUCGACGGCAGGCAGAUGCGGAGCGAAAGCAGAAAGAGGAAGAGCGAAUGAAAGAGCAGGCACUAGAGCGUGCCAAGCACGAAGCGGAAAUCACUAGGAAGGCUCGCGUUUUCAAGCACGUACUUGAAGGAGCCGACAAAAGUCCGGAAUUGGAAAGACGCCUACUCGGCGUCGAUCCGGAAACUGGAGAUAGGAUUUUGCAUGAGGUUUUUUUUUCAAAAAUUCAAAAAUUCCAUUUCGAAUAG